CCGUUGGCUGCCCGCGUGCUCUGAGUCACAGAUGCGGGCGGGUCGAUGGGGGGCGCCAGGGAGCAGCAGUCGGGCCUGGGUUGGGCUAGGCUCUGGGCACUCGCGGCACUUCUCCUCCGCCUACACUUCCUGGCUCUGGCUGCCCAGGACACUCAGCCCUUGUCAGAGGUCUGCGGCAGGCCUGCGUACAGAGGGAAGAUCUUUGGAGGUAAUAAGGCAAACCCUGAACGGUGGCCAUGGCAAGCCAGUCUGCUUCUGCAUGGCAGGCACAUCUGUGGAGCUUCCCUCAUCGACAGAAAUUGGGUGAUCUCUGCAGCCCACUGCUUCCAAAGGUCCCACAGCCCAUCUGACUACAGAGUCCUGCUGGGCUACAACAAGCUGAGCAGUCCCACGAACUUCAGCCUGCAGAUGACAGUGUAUAAGCUUAUUGUCCAUGAAGACUAUGACAAAAUACACCGCAUGUCAAGAGACAUUGUCCUGAUGCAACUGCAUCGGCCUGUGGAAUUCAACUCCCACGUUCUCCCUGUUUGUCUCCCAGACAGCAGCUUGAACCUGGAUCCCUUUGCUUCCUGCUGGAUAACUGGCUGGGGGAUGCUUACGGAAGACACAUUCCUGUCUGCACCCUUCCAGCUGCAGGAGGGGGAGAUGGCUCUCAUAAGCCGUGAGCACUGUGCAGAAUAUUAUGAACUUCCACCUGGUGUUGAGGACCCCAAUCCCUAUGUGGUAAAGGAGGACAUGCUGUGUGCUGCGGAAUUUGCAACAGAGAGAUCUGUCUGCAGAGGAGACUCUGGGGGACCCCUUGUCUGCCCGGUACAAGGUAUCUGGUACCUGAUAGGAGUGAGCAGUUGGAGCGCACCGUGUUUAAGACCUGUGGGCCCCAGCGUCUUUGCCAAUGUCACCUACUUUGCCAACUGGAUCAAAGAACAGAAGCAGGCCAGUCCUCCACCUGAAGUCGCCGUGGCUCCUCCUCAGGAAAAACCCCCAGCACUGACUGGCUUAAAUGCUCGGGACACUGUUGUCAAGCCCCAGAUAUUCAUAGUCCUGCUGUCUUCUCAGAUCUUCCUGCUACAGCUCAUUUUGCUCAGGAACCUGUGAUGGACCCAUACCCCCCUAAUGUCCAGGCUUUUCCCACAAGCCUCCUGGCUGAGUUCUGUACUACCCUUCCAUGCUUCUAUCUCUUGGCUUGUCUGUCCAUCUGGGGCCAACUAUGUUCCAAGACAGACAAAAUAAAAAUUAAUGAAGAAGGA